UAUAUAAAAAUUCACUUUCUUUUGCAAUUUCGAUUAAUUGGUGAUUAUUUCGAAUUAUUUCUGUUCAUUUAUUUUGUGAUUUACCUCCAGGUAAAGAACACCAAAAACCAUUGUUUGGCGUACGUUCGGUAUAUAAACAAUAUAAAUUUACAAAACUUAAAAAAAGCAUCACUCUUUGUUGACAUUAUCAAUCGGAGCUUAGACACUGAAGCUUCGAAGCUAUUGGCAAAUCUUCGAGAUGAACGCCUCCCAAAUAAAAUUGAAACGACUAAUAUUCAAAAGUAUACGGUCGAGUGGAUCGGGCGUGAGGGUCUGGAUCAGGAGACGCACGAAGAAUAUUUGAACAACUUUAUUGCUCACUUUUAUAAGAAUAUAAUAAAACUGGUCGACCGUGCGAUGCGCAAAGAAGAUUCAAGUGCUCAAGGACAAAUUGUCACUGAAAUUCUACAACAUUUGCAUGCAUGCAACAAUUCGGUUAAAGUUUUUUAUGGACGAGAAGAACCAUUGAAACGCAUUAAGUACUAUAUGUUGAAUUAUUCGGAAAAGCCAUUAGUUCUUUAUGGGGAAGGAGGAUGUGGUAAAACUUCUUUGUUGGCAAAAAGUGCCAGUUUAGCAUUGACAGAUUGGUUCAAAGAUUCUAAACCUAUCAACGUAAUAAGAUUCCUAGGAACCACACCGGAUUCAUCGG